CAUCACAAUCAUAACAAAAUUUAAAAAAAAAAAAAAAACUACUAAAUUCAGAGUGCAGUUUCCAAAUAUUUUAUACUUUUAGUAAGCUUUGCAUACCAUGGAUGCGGUUUGCCAGUUCUUAAGUGCCGAUCUAUAUUCCUAUAUAGAGGGUAUCGUAAAUAGUCUCUUUGUUGUAUCUCCGUGUUUGGACGCGUGCUCAGAUGAAGUAAAGAAAAACGCGAAAAUGUGGUGCCAAAGCUGUACAUCCCUACUGACACAACCUAGUUAUACAAUUAGGCACCAUUAUCCAGGUCCUUUGGUCACCUACGACGGCGAGGCGCGAUGUGAGCCGCGUCUCAUUCGCCUUUCUGACUUAACCAUGAGCACAAUGGAGCUUAUCUUCCAAGCUUAUGGAGACAAUGAUGAUGAUGAUGAUGAUGAUGAUGAUGAAAUGGAUGAAGUGUGUGAAAACAAGAUAGAUGUGGAGGAAAAGUGUGACAAGCAGGGAGAGGAGUCGGCGUUUAGUAAACUAAGGAAAAUCUUUGGCUGGCAAACAAAUAAACCUAUUGAAGACGACAAUAGCCAGAGUGUGGACUCCUGCAGGCUGAAUGGUGGCAGGGAGGAACCCGACUUGGCAGACGAUUCACUCACCGAAAAGAAGCAGAAGCUCCAAGCACUGGAGGAUCGUGCCAGGGGUAUAUACGAAACACAUAUCGAAUCUUCUCCAGAUUCGCCGUCUUGGGACUGCCUGAAACCUGCGCAGAAACUGCGCUUUCAAUGGAAGGCUUCUACUGGCGAUGAUCUGAUGAAAAGUCCUUAUGAAAAUUUCACGUUGGUUUUUACCAGAAGUUUUCUCGAAGCUUUUCCCCGUGCCACAUGUGCCACUGUUCGAAAGGAACAAAAAAUAGCAUGGUGGAACCUAGAUCGCUGCCAGCGAAUGCCGUUCAUACUGCAGGCUCUACUGUACCAAGUGGCCAUCGGUGCCAUCGAUCCCGAAGAUCACUGUGCUGUUCGUGAACUUUUUCACAAGUUGCGAUAAAGUGAGAAGUGCGUUUUCCAUUUCCAUUACCAUUUCGCUUUUAUACGAACCAGAUGUUGUGUGGCCCGUCUAUUUUGGUGCUGAGCCUCGAAAUUCGCAGCUCUUUUCCCUCGACUUUUGCUCUUGAACCACAUUUGUCGAGAAUAAUGGAUCCCCUACUUUUGGCCAAGGUCGCCCGCUGACAUGGCAUUGGCACUCGAUUAACAAUUAAAGCCGCAGCUCUCAAGGUCGCGCAGAAUUAAGAUGGAAAAUCUCAAAUGAAUCGGGGUCCCCCUGAGGAAAAAUGGGACUGGGUGCGAAUCAAUUUCCCAUGCGCAUACAUUAGCAAUAAAAAUUUGUAGUACCCCCUGAAACCGAAAUAAAUAAAACAAACGAGAA